AUGACGUCGGAAUCAGACAAAGAAGAACAACAAGAACACGUCAUCGUUGCGCAGUAUCAAGACCUCCUCGCAAAACUCUCUCCAGACGAAGCUUUUUUCGAGAUGGCGAACAGUCCUAUCGUUAGUUUCAGAAUAGAUUCUUCUUCAACGGUUUCCGACGAAGUGAUACGCGUCGAACAAAAGCAAGAGUUGGAAAACAGUUGCGGAGGCAUUGUUUGGGAAUCCGCGUUCGCACUGGCCGAGUAUUUGAGAAAGCGCGUUUUGAAGAAUCAGAAACAGAAGACCGUGAUAAGAGAUUGCAUAGACAUAGGCGCCGGGACUGGAUUUUUAGGUAUUUGGGUUCAUAAAACAAUCCCCAAUAUGGAAAGGACAGUGCUUACGGAUACGAUUGAGUGUUUCGAUUUGAUGCAAAGAAACGUAGAGAGGAAUUUUAGUAACGAUAACGAUGAUAGCAGUAGUAAGACGAUAGAUGUGAAACCUUUGGAUUGGACGAGCAAAAAGGAUUUAGAUGCGUUAGCGACGACUGGACGAGGCAAAUUUGAUUUGCUCCUAGCGACGGACGUCAUAUUCGCAGAACGGCUGGUGGAACCUUUGAUUCGGUGCUUGAAGACGUUGAUUGAUCCCGAAAAAGGCGUAUGUUACGUGUGUGCGCAACCGAGAGAUAAGCUAGCCUUUGAGCUAUUCCAAGAGUUGUCCGCGAAAGAAUUUAGUCAGUUUAGAAAAGUUCCGGAAGAAGAGCUAGAUUUUUCGUUCGACGCCGAGUGUAAAUUAUUUGAAAUGCGACUGUAG